ACCCGUUUUAAAAAGUAAUGUCAACAUUAUCAUCGACUUUUAUUUAUCAGGUUAUCUGACUUAAUUAUUGUUAGUAUUAUUUCAUUCUGUGAACAGUACAGUCGUUCGAAACAAACAUGGCGACUAUUGCCGGAAACCUAGCUAAAAGAACUUUUGCAUCUUCCAGUACUUUAAAUAAUGUUAUUAAAAAUGUAACUGUGAUUGGUGGGGGGCUCAUGGGAUCUGGCAUCGCACAAGUAGCUGCCCAAGCCGGCCAAAAUGUAACUCUAGUAGACAUAAGUCAAGAUGUUCUCAAAAAAUCAGAAACCAACAUUCAAAACAGCAUCGGUAGAGUAGGCAAAAAACUAUACAAAGAUGAUCCUGCAGCUGGCAAACAAUUCGUAGAAGAAUCUUUAUCUCGCAUUAAAUACAUUUCAGAUGCGCAAAAAAGCGUAGAACAAGCAGAUUUAGUGGUAGAAGCUAUUGUAGAAAACUUGGAAAUCAAACAUAAAUUGUUCAAAAGUUUAGAUGAAGCUGCUCCAUCGAAGACUUUAUUUGCUUCGAAUACCAGUUCGCUUUCUAUUGGCGAAAUAGCUUCAGUUACUAAAAGAAAAGAUAGAUUUGGUGGUUUGCAUUUCUUCAAUCCAGUACCAGUAAUGAGGUUGCUGGAGGUUAUUAGAAUACCUGAAACUACAGACGAAUCUUACAAAGCUAUGAUGGCUUGGGGUAAAGCCGUAGGAAAAACUUGUAUUACUUGUAAGGAUACUCCUGGAUUUGUGGUGAACAGGUUGUUGGUUCCGUACGUCGCUGAAGCUGUAAGGAUGCUUGAAAGAGGAGAUGCAAGUGCCGAAGACAUAGACAUCGCCAUGAAAUUAGGUGCAGGAUAUCCUAUGGGACCGAUUGAACUAGGUGAUUACACUGGCCUGGAUACAGGUCUUUUUAUUCUAGAGGGAUGGCACAAGAAAUUUCCAGAUAACGAACUAUUUAAACCACCGCAAAUUCAAAAGAAAUUGGUGCAGGAAGGAAAGCUGGGCAGAAAAACUGGGGAAGGGUUUUACAAAUACACCAAAUAAAAUUUUAUUUUUAAAAUAAAUAUAAAUUACAGAAAAUAUGUAAAACGGAAACCAAAAAUAAAUUUUUAAGACUUGUUUUGCCAAAAAAACAUAGUAAAAUUAUUAUUACUUAAACACAAAGAAAAAAAAAUACAGGGUGUUCCAUUUUGAAUGGGACUUAUAAGUUAAAUAAACUUUGCCAGUGAUAACACCUUCAUCAUCUCUAAAUUUUUUUGUCUACUGUCCAAAAAUUUAUUUGGACUAUAAUUUUGUUUCUAUUUUUUUAAUAAAUCAUGUACUCUAGUUAAAAACCUAUAAAAAACAUCAAAAUUUAAAAAAUUUCAGAAUUUCAAAAUAAAUUAAUAAAGAACAUCCACCUUUGGGUGCGAAUAUCUCAAAAACCAAUACUUUAUGAGUUUAUAAUAAGAGCAUCUAAUUUAUGAAAAAAAAAUUAAAAUUAGAGUCCAAAAUAAGUUUUUGGAUAGUAAAAUUUAGAAGGGAUGAAGGUAAUACUUACCCAUGCCGUACGCCAUUGGCAAAGUUUGUUUAACUAGUUUUUUACUAAUAGGUGUAUCUGAAGACACUAGAAAAGUUUCCUAAAUUUAGUAAAAUUAUACUUAGUAAUAAAAAAAUUAGAGCCAUUAAUAAUUUUUUAAUUUUUAACGAGUCGCAUUUUACCCAAGAAUGUUUCGUUUAACCGUCUUACUUUUAAUUAAAAAAUCUUCAGUUUUUCUAUGUCCCAUUUUUAUAUAAGACCAUGUAUAUACCUAGAUAGAAAAAAUUAUUGCACUUAAGGUAGAAGUAUAGAAUAAUAAUAAAAAAUAUAUAAGUAAAAAUAAUAGUAAAAAUAUAAGUAAAAAUAUAAUUAAAAAUAUAAGUAAAAAUAUAAGUAAAAAUAUAAGUAAAAAUAUAAGUAACGAUCUAAGUAAAAAUAUAAGUAAUAAUAUAAGUAAAAAUAUGAGUAAAAAUAUUAGUAAAAUAUAAGUAAAAAUAUAAGUAAUAAUUUAAGUAAAUAUAUAAGUAAAAAUAUAAGUAAAAAUAAAAGAAAAACUAAAAGAAAAAAAUAUAAGUAAAAAUAUGAGUAAAAAUGGAAAUACGUAUAAUACUUAAAAAGUUAAGAUUAUAUUGAAUAUUUUAUUAGUAAAAAAGAAAAAUAGAAAAUUACUUUAUGUAAGAGUUUAAUAUCUCACUAACUUUAUUCCCGUCAGUUAUGUGUUUUCAAUUUCUUUUUAAAUAAAGUUUUUUUUAUAAUUUUUUUAAAUCACUAUAGGGGUAGGAUUAAUUGAAGACCCUGUAUAGGUAGACAAAAAUUAAUGCACUUGGGGAAAAGAAUAUACAACAAUAAUAAAAAAUAUAAGUAACAAUAUAAGUAAAAUUAUAAGUAAAAACAUAAGGAAAAAUAUACUUAAGUAAAAAUAUGAGCAAAAAUGUAAGUAAGUAAAAAUAUAAGUUAAAAUAUGAGUAAAAGUAGAAAUAAGUAUAAUACUUAAACAGGUAAGAUGAUAUUGAAUAUUUUAUUAGUAAAAAAGAAAAAUAGAAAAUUACUUUAUUUGAGAUUUCAACAUCUCAAUAACCUCAUUCCCGUCAUUGUGCAUGUUUUCAAUUUCUUUUUAAAUAAAGUUUUUUUAUAGUAUAUUUAUAUUUUUUAAAUCACUAUAGGAGUAGGAUCUAUUAAUUUUUGUCUAGUAUUUUGAAAGGAGUAUAAAAUUUUGUACGUUUAUAUAAUAAAGCGAUUUUGUAAAACAGAUCAGACAAGUAAAUAGAUUUUUUUGACAUAAUUCGUUACCUAUACAAGUAGAUAUAU